AGCAACUGGUCUGCCUAUGUGGCUCUGCUUAGCAGACAUGUUUCUCACUGCUAGAUAUUACUCAUUUCCUCAGCCCUUUGCACACACAAGCACACACGCACACACACUCGUAUACACAACUGACAGAGAGACAGAUAGCGGGCUCUCGGUUCUUUCCCUCAGUUUGGUGGGCUUGCUGGUGUUAUUACAUGCACACACAGAGAUCAGAGGCAGUGUGUUGCUGGAGGCGGCUGAUAUCUGCGGGUGUUGUAACUGCAUGGCGCUGGUGUUGUGGAGGAGCAGUGUAGCACAGUGACAAGCUGUGGAGUGGGUUGACCCUCUGGGAGGACUGGAUUAUGAAUGACAGCUAAUACCGGGACGUGAGCUCAACCCGCACUAAGGUGAGUGGUGCUUCACUUCAAAAGAAUCCACCGUGCUCUGACAGUGAUGCUGUGUCGCAGCCUUCCGCUCUGUCUGCGCCCCUCGUUCUCACGUGAGGCCCAUGUGACCUAGCCUACGCCGACACACAGGGGGCCCCUGCUGUCGCUGGAGCCCACCCAUGAAUCCCAGCCCCGAUCGCAGCAAAGAGUGCCUCCCUCCCAAGAAGAGGGAGUCUCGGCAAGGAUCGGUGGAACACCAAAUUACUUUGGACGAAUUCAAACCCCCUGUGCCGGUCCGAAGUCGGCCCAGCACAGGCAGAGGGGAAGGAAGCAGGGAAGCCAGUGAAAGGGACCGAGCUUUGACAAACCCAAACCCACAUCUCCUCCACACCCCUCCAUCUCUUCCUGCCCCUGCACCAUGCCUCCCUCUGUCCUUACCGUGGCACCUGGGCUACUCUCCCUCAAUCUCUCUUCCCCUUUUCCCUGGACAGGUCCGUGAGAGGAGGGGCUCAGGUUCUCCUGCUUGGAAAGAUGAUCCUCUCUCCUCUCCACUGCCUCACUCCUCUAGGUGGCUUAGAGGUGAGGGUUCCCUCUCCUUGCCACCUUCAUCCUCUUCCUCGUCUGCUUCCUCGUUUAAGACUCCCUUUCCAGCCGAUUCUAGAGAGAUGUGGUCCUACGUCAACAGUGGCCGUCGGGACUACAGUUCUUCUCUCUUUUCCCCGUCAUACUUGUUUAGCCACCCUUCUCUCUACCCCCAUGACCCGAACUUAGUUGAAGCCAGACACAGGUACUUGGGCAAGAGGCCCAAUGGCCUGGAUGGGCCAGGCAGCAGGACUGUCUCAAACUCCAGGCCUCUGCUCACAGGAGAAUAUGAAAGCAGCAGAACCAGGAUGGACUUUAGUCCACACAGCUCCCAUACCAAUGGUGGACGCAGACAUCACGAGGAUCCAACAUCCAGUGUCCUAUCUGGAGAGACAUUUUUGUCAGACUCGCACACUCAGGAGGACCCUGACCCACAUUCCUCGCUGCAGGACAGACAUCCACAUGGUUUAGUUAAGACAAGUUCGAAUUUACUCUGCACCAGUCCCCAUCCCCUUGGACCAGACUCCAGGGCAGGUAGAGGGGGACUGAUGGACCCCCUAGGGGCCACACCAGCUGAGGCCCAGAUCUACUACUCUUUGGGCUCAGCGCACCACCCCACUCCUCAAACCUACCCCCAUUAUAGCCCCUCAGGAACACCUAUGUACAACCUGCACAGGGAGCCAGGCCCCAGGCAGCACAAUCUAAGGAACUCACCUCACUCACCCCUGGGUCCUCCUAACAGCCAUGACAGGUUACAAAGGGAUAGGGAAAGAGACCAAGAAAGAGACAGAGAAAAAGUCCUACACAGGGAGAGAGGUAAAGACAAAGAGAAGCACGUACAACAUGACAAAGACCAAGAAAGGGACAGAGAGCGCGAGAGACGACGGGACAGAGAAAGGGACAGAGGGAGAGAGUCAUCUCCUUGCCAUCUUCAGCCCUCGCCCCCAGACCCUCACCCAUCCCCCAAUGCGCUCCUACCUCACUUCACCAAGGGUUCUCUGAUCGAGCUGGCCAGUGGGCGGCUGAAGCGAGUGGAGGAGCUGCGGACCGAGGACUUCCUGAGGAGUGCGGACACGUCCUCAGAGUUCCACCUCAGCACCUGCACCGUGCUGCUGAUUUCGCCCAGCAGUACACGGGGCUUCAGCCACCUGCAGGUCCACCUCACAGACCGCAACACUCAGGAGUUACUGAAGGUCUUGGCGGAGUAUCCGUUCUUUGUGCAGGACCGAGGCUGGUCUUCUUGCUGUCCUCAGAGAACCACGCAGCUGUAUGGCCUGCCAUGCCGCCAGCUCAUGGAGGGGGACGUCUGCCUGGCUCUCACCCCCACACCCACUCAAAGCCAUCGGACACAUGCGCGCACUAGCUCCCGGGCCCAUCGCACGCAGUUUUCCUCCAGGGUCAUGGGAGAGUCCAGCGGCUCACACAGGGAGGAGAUGCCACCGCCACCCCCUCCUCCCCCUCUUCUUCACCACCCUCCCCCCACCGCGCCGGCACCUCCACGCACUCUGGCCGCUCAAGAGCAGCCGCGUCCGCGCAAACGCCGCUGGUCUGCCCCCGACACACUUCCCGCAACCGGAACUGAUGGAAGUCUCCUGGAUUUACCUCAUGGCUCCAAGCUAAUGAAGUGGCAGUAGGAACUUGCACGUGCACACUGACACACACACACACACACACACACACACACACCCUCCUUGUCUCUGUUGCACCCAUGAAGACAAACAAUGGAGAGACCUCAAGGUAGGGUUGCAGGGAAGGAAUAAAAAAAUUAAAUAUAAAUAUAUAUAGAAAAUGCAGUUUACGGGUGUUCACACUGAAGGAUCCGUGGAAGGAUCUCUGGGAGGCUCCUUACAGACGCACUGAAGACUUUGUAGUGAGACAAUCAAGCACUUGUCCGUGUUCACUCUGUUUUUGUAACGAUAGUUCCACACACUUAAUUACUGACAGUGUUUUCUGCAGGGUAUCAUCUUUCAGUCAGAGUCAUGGAAGUAAACGCUAUUGAAGAAGUGCAGGUAUAUAUAUAUGAACAAUAUUUGACUAUAAAUAUAUAUAUAUAUAUAUAUAUAUUACAGAUGUUAUAUAUACAGUAAAUAUGCUAAACAGAUUUAAUGCAAUCUCUCCUCCCCCAACGCAUUUUUCUUUCCUCUCUCUUUAAUUUUCCUCGCUUCUGAGCCGAUGUCGAUGCGUGUGUAUCGGCUCUGGGAAAAAAAAAAAAAGGCAAAGUGAAUGUAUGAGCAACUCUUUCGCCUUCUUUCAUCCUCGUCACUGGGAGUCAUUUCAAAUCGGUCGUUCAUCAAGGCAUUACCCUCCAAUAUGUUCUUAACAUUGUUUCUGAGAAAGGGAGAACACUAAUGAAAAUUGCGUAACAGACAAUCCCACCCACACAGACGGGUCUGUGCCACAUCGUCCUGACACACAUGGUGUUUUUCCAUUAAAAACCGAAUAAUGGAAAGAGCAAAAAAAAAAAGAAAAUGCAGUCUGGCUGAGGAGUAUUGGUGCUAAUAACACGUUGGAACAUGAUGCUUUGUGAAUACUCUCGACCCCUGUGUACUGUACGCUUCUGUUCCCAUCUCGUUUUCUUUUUUUUUAUGUACUGUAUAAUGUUUCGAGGGCAGGGAAAAACAAUGAAAGUAUUUUAAACUCAGAUACGGGUAUCUCCUUUGAUUCAGCACACUCUUUCACUUUAGUUUUGAGUUUGUUUUUUUAUUUUCCAAAAAAUAAAUAAAAAAUGACCUGUUGAUUUUCCUUUUUAAAUGUUAUAGCUACAAAAAAUAUAUGUAUAUUUUUUAAAAAAACAAUUGUGAAUCUGUUAUAUGAUGUUCGCUAGAAAUAAAGGGAAAAAAAGCUUUAU